AUGAACUCACAAGAAGUUUUUGCCGAUAUCAAGGCUCAAGAGAGCAUACAAUCUAACAAGAAGACACUUUUGUAUGUUCAAGAUGGUACUUCAUUGGCCUUCGGUUGUGGGGCCGGUAUUCUUCAAUUGGAAGGGUUCCAAGGGUUUGGGUUUUUUAUAUUAUCAUAUUUUACAGUGAUGGCUUUGUAUGUUGGAUGGUUCUGUGACUUCAAGCCUGCAAAAUAUUACCAAGCUCCUACGCAGGAGAUUAUUGUAGAUCCAUUUUUCAGAGAGCUUGCAGGAUUUGUCAUGGCAUGGACCUUCGUCUAUGCUUUAAUCGGGUAG